AGCAACUACAAUGCUACCGACUUCUAUCAGACAAGCUGCCAAGUUUUCCUGCUUGAAUCCGCCGCAUCGAGCCCAUCUUACGGCUGAUGCAAUCAUGGCAUAUAAUCUUCAUGUUCAUGAUGUAGUGAGCCAAGCACCCAUGUCACCCCGUUACAUCCACAAGUCUUAAACGUUACCCCGACCUAUUAUACCUACUAAAUGCCGACGCUGUUGUAUCCGCAAGUACCGUGAUACUUCCGCCGUCAUUGGCCCCUGGCCCCUGGAUUAAUCCUGUGCAUUUUAGCUGCCCUCGGAAGCCUCAAAAGGGUUGCUCUGUGACCUCAUAUCCAUAUAUGAAGAUGCCACCCCCCUUCCCGUGGUCAUCGCUAUGCAUGGAGUGGCGAUAUUCUUCUAUGCCGUGGAUUUGAGAAGAGAACCAUUUACGCGACAGUAAGAUGCUAUUUCACCAUGACAUUUACCAAAGUCCUCAAUAGCAAUCCUGACCUCGGAAGUCGACGAAACGAGACUCCGCGCCCAAGGUUUAAUUCGUUAGUCACAUCAGAUCGUCUAAGAGAAGGCUCAAGACUACCGAAAUUUUCGAUGGCGAGCAGUAUCAGAAAAGGACGACGAUCAAUAUUUAAGGAAGUAGGACUGACCGCGGAGGGACGAGAAAGUCAACAAAACAUAACCUCAGAGACGCACGAAGAAAGUGACGCCAAUGAAAGAAUUGGGCCAUCCUCAGAAAUAGCGUCACCGGUGGAAACGACAUCUUCUAUUGGGCAAGGUUCGCCGAGGGGAAAGUCUAAGUGGUUGUCUAAAUUGGCACCGUCGAGGCGCCCGAGGAUGAAAACUACUUCUAGUGCGCCACCUCCCAUGAUCACAGGGCUUCAUAGGCUCUCCAUGAUCGCUCUACUUAUCGCAAUUGUUCUUCCUACCAUUAGUUAUAAUAACGGCCAUAAAAGGGUUGAGGUCAGCGGCGCAGACGCAGGCGUAAUUAGACCAAAUCCGAGCGUGAUCCUCAAAACCAGAGAGGACAGUCCCACCGACGUUUGUACAAGAUGGGCUGGUCAAAGUGCUUUGAUUAAUGGGACGGUAUACAUCUACGGAGGUCGGUCAAAGAACAACGGAGAUCAGCAAACGAACACAUGGAACAACGACUUUAUAGCCCUUGAUCUGACCAAAUCAUGGGAUAUCAGCUCACCGGCCCUGUCAGGUCUCCCUAGACCAUCAGGUCCGCCAGCGGUAUCUCUUGGCUAUCUCUGGAACGACUUAGACCGUCUAUAUCUCUAUGGCGGCGAAUUUUCCGAUGAUCCUCUUGUACAACCAUCGCCAAUCUCUACAUGGAUGUAUGAUGUAGCUUCGUCAACUUGGACAGAACUACAAGAUCUUAUGACAUCAGCUGGCAACUUUUCAGAUCCCGAAGGCACUCCUGUACAACGGGCGGCGGAAGGCGCUGGAAUCUCCGUACCUGAGUUAGGCGUUAGUUGGUAUUUCGGCGGCCACCUAGAUUGGGCUACUACGCCAGGGUGGACGAACCAGAUUGACCGUGUCUAUCUGAAGAGCCUACUUGAGUUCACGCAUCCAGGGUAUGCAAACUCCGGGGUUGACUCGCUCCAUUCUUCUGGCGCUCCCCCAGGUGGUGCUUACAGAAACAUCACAUGGGGCGGCAUUCAAAACCAGGAUGGCUUCACCGAGCGAGCUGACGGUGUUCUCGUUUACGUCCCCGGCUGGGCUCCGAGAGGGAUUUUACUGGGCCUUGGCGGAGGGGUGGUCGGAGAACACGAAACCACCGACGCAUUCUCUUCCAUGAGUACCAUUGAUGUUUAUGACAUAAAAACUAGUACCUGGUAUCACCAAGAGACAUCCGGUGAAGCACCUCAAGUACGAGUAAAUCCAUGCGCAGUUAUCUUCUCGGCCCCCGAUGCAAGCUCGUUUAAUAUCUAUAUGUACGGCGGACAGAACCUGCUCCCGUAUGGAAAUCAAACUCAAUACACGGACAUAUGGAUUUUGACUGUGCCCUCAUUUACUUGGAUUAAAGUCGAUACUUCGACUAGCAAAGAGCCACCAGCCCGAGCCGGUCAUCAAUGUGCUGCCCGAGAUGGUCAGAUGAUCGUGAUCGGUGGCUAUGUUGGCACUGAGAUUGCUUGUGACAACCCUGGUAUCUACAAUUUUGACGCCUCAAAUUUGGAAUGGAAAGAUUCCUUCGAUACAGCAGACCACCCGGCAGACGAUCACCCAGAGAAUAGCAUACUGGCUGGUAGUUACGGUUAUAAGGUACCCGAUAUAGUUCAGUCGGUAGUAGGCGGCUCAUCUGAUGGUGGCGCAACAGCAACGCAGCCAGCGUCUGGCCCGGCUACAGACGGACCUUUCAAAACUGGUACACCGCCGGUGUUUACCAUUACGGCACCUGGCAGCAUCGCAACCGUGACAAAUGGCGACUCAGGGUCUGGCGACUCAUCUUCAUCACCCGCCGGUGCGAAUGGUGGCUUAAUCGCCGCAGGCGUAAUAGCAGGCCUGGCGGGUCUGGCAGCACUAUACCUCGGGUUCUGCACAUGGCUAUACCGUCGCCAGGUGGCUGCGUAUAAGCAGCAUAUGGCUAUCGUAAACCGGGACUCUGGUUCUAUAGAUGGAGAUAAGGGCUUCGGAGCGACCGUCGCCGGGAUGCGCGAGAAGCUGCGUAAAAGCCACCGCCGCGGAUCCUCCGACGGCUCUGGCGAGCAGUUCGGAUGGGUGGGCCGCCAAAGUGAACAGAAGCAGAUAGCCGGCGAUGAUCCGAGUUCUGGUACAUCCGGAUCGAGAUCGGGCUAUGGUUGGUCGCGGCCUAGUGACGACAGCCCCUGGGCAUAUGAUAGCUACAUCAGCGGGGCGGCGGGUGCAGGAGACAUCGGGCGAUCUAAGAGCGGCGCGAGUCGCAGCACGGCUGGGUCGGCAGACGCGCUAUUGGAUGGACGGCAACCGAAUUUCAUUAGCGUUGUAUUGGCGCCCAGGCGUGCCUUGCGCGUUGUUAACGGGAUAGAAGAUCAGCAAUGAUGCCUACCUUCUUCCUGCUUGCUUCCUUUUUUUGUUGUUGACUCUAAAACAUAAUAUCUUGGCAAAAAACUCUGGCGAAAGGUUUUAAUAAGAUGGACGAACGAUAUACGAGGAACGAUCUGCACAGGAGUCCUGUCCGUUUUUUCUUUUUUUUUCGUUUCGUUGAAUAGUUGUACGAUACCCAAAUUUGUUAUGAUGUUUAGAAACAUGGUGACUACCACCUCAUGUAACGUAUUUAGUUAUACGAAUUGGUUGGAAUACGUGCUGCAAGUAUAAGGAGGGGGGGAAGGAAGG